AUGGUAGCGGCUAACAAUAGAAAUAGUCUUACUAAUAGAGUGAUGAAGAAUGUGAAGUGGAAUCUACAUGAGAAUGGAUGGAUUCGUCUUAAUACAAAUGGUGCCUUCAAGAAAAUAGAAAAUAUUGAUGAGUGUGGAGGUUUAUUUAGGAAUAAGGAUGCUGAAUUUUGGGGUCUAUUGGAAGGGCUAGAAAUGGCGAGAAGACUAGGAAUCAAUAAUUUGGAAGUGCAUAUAGACUCAAAUGUUAUUGUAAGUUUGUUUAAUAAGAUAGGUAAUGGUAAACCGUUUGGAGAGGGUCUUGUGAAGAAGAUUGGAGGGUUGUUGCGCUGA